CCGAAAUAAAUCAGGUUGGGGUUGGGAUGAAGGUAAAAAUAUGGUGAUUGCACCUACUGCAAAAGAUUGGGAGGCAUUGAUAAAGGAGAAUGAUGAGUAUUUAAGAAUUAAGAACAAACCUUUUCCUCAGUUUGAUGAUAUGGAUUUUCUAUGUGGAGGUAACACACCUAAGGGACGCUGGUGGUUUGGGACUACUGAUGACUUCAAUGAACGUGAAGGAAGCACUAGUUCAGACAAUAAAUUAGAUGAUACUGAGGGGCCACACAAUAACGAGAUAGAUUUAAGUGAUUCAGAGGAUGUACAAGAAGUGGAAGAGACACAAGUUCCUUUUAAUGGUACACAAGCAUCACUCAUCAAUCAAAUGUGAUGAAGCAGGUUCCUCGACCAUGUCGAACUAGGCCAUUCUCUGGUCAUAUGCUUGUAGAAGAUAUAUUGGCUAGACAUCCUGAUCGUUCAUAUUCUUGUUUUCGAAUGAGUUCUGAGGCAAUUCUUUUGCUUAAAAAUGUUCUAAUUGAGAAGAAUGCUUUAAGGCCAACUAGA